GCAACUUUUCGCCCUAUAUAAAGCUCCCAUCAGUGAUUUGAAAUAUUUAGCUAAAGCUUGAAGAAGAUGAUGUUGUUAAAUGGAAAUUCCAUCCGAACUAUGUUGAUAAUCUUUUUCAGCCUUUUGCAUCUAACCGCAGCCUCAUUCAAGAGGGAAAGACCGAUUCAUUUUGAUAGCUUCAUCGAUAGCCAAAAUUCAUCACUCACCUUCAUGGGCGGCUAUUCCGGAAUUCAAUUCGGAGCUCUUCAGCUAACGCCCGACACCUCCAACCCCAACGUGCUCUCCAUCCUCUACAACAAAUCCGGUCGCAUUAUGUUCAACGAACCCUUCAGGCUUUGGUCUUCAAACCACGAAUUGGCUUCUUUCACCUCCUCCUUUGUCAUCAAUAUCUUCAGGACCGGGAGCCAGAGAGCCGGCCAUGGCCUUGCUUUUCUCAUCGCCCCCAAUAUUUCAGCCAUGCCGGAGUUUAGUUACGGUCAAUGGCUUGGUCUCACAAGCGCCUCCACCGAUGGUAGCGCCGACAACCAAAUCGUGGCUAUCGAGUUUGAUACCCUAAGGCAGCCGGAUCUGGAGCUCGACCCAGAUGACAACCAUAUCGGGCUAAACAUCAACUCCGUGGAGUCAAAGAAAGUUGCUUCUCUCAACGAUUAUAAUAUUACAUUAUCACCUCACGUCGGCACCAAUUACUCAGUCUGGGUUGAUUACAAUGGUACCUCGAAGGUCAUGGAAGUUUACAUGGCGAGACAAGGGGAAUCCAGGCCCUCAAAUCCCAUUCUCUACGACACCAUCGACCUGAAAGAAUACGUGAAACAAGAUUCCUUCUUCGGGUUCACCGGUUCAACAGGCUAUCCAGAGAUCGAGUUGAACUGCGUGUGGCAAUGGAGUUUGGACAUAGAUAUGAUUCCCAGGGAAGAAGAAGGGAAAGGGGUGAUGAUUGGUCUGGCAAUAGGCAUCCCAUUGGUGACAAUCACGAUCUUGGUACUUGCCACUGUGUGGUGGUACAUGAGGAGGAGGAGGAGAAAGAGGCGGAAUGAGGAGGGAGAUGGUCGGUUCGGAAAGUUGAAAUGGUUGCCUGGGAUGCCCAGAGAGUUCAGGUACAAGGAAUUGAAGAAGGCCACCAAUAAGUUCGAUGAGAGCAUGAAGCUUGGGGAAGGUGGGUUUGGAAUAGUCUACAAAGGCGUCCUCCAUCUCAACAGUCACAACCAAGGCGUCCAGGUGGCUGUCAAAAAGUUCUUAAGGGAUAGUAUUAAAGGGAAGGAUGAUUUCCUGGCCGAGCUCGCCAUCAUUCAUCGGAUCCGCCAUAAAAAUCUCGUCCGCUUAGUUGGAUGGUGCUACGAGAAAGGGAAGCUCCUACUAGUGUAUGAUUUUAUGCCAAACGGCAGCGUGGAUGACCACCUGUAUGGCAAAUCCAGGCAGGGCACUCUGAAUUGGACUCAUCGUUACAAGAUACUUACAGGUAUUGCAUCAGCUUUGCAUUACCUGCACAACGAGUAUGAUCAAAAGGUGGUGCAUCGAGACCUCAAGCCCAGCAACAUCUUGCUUGAUCUCGACUACAAUGCACGGCUGGGUGACUUUGGUCUCGCCCGAGCCCUUGAAAACGAAAGACAUUCCUAUUCUGAGCUCGGGUUAUCUGGUGUCCCUGGUACUAUGGGUUAUGUCGCCCCUGAGUGCUUUCAUACGGGGAGAGCAACGGUCGAAUCCGAUGUUUUCGGCUUCGGGGCAGUUGUGCUCGAGGUUGUUUGUGGCAAACAUCCUGGAAUCAAGAUCCCACACCAACACGAUCUUUAUACUUUAGUCGAUUGGGUUUGGAUGUUGCACCGCGGAAGGAGACUCAUGGAAGUCGUCGAUGAACGCCUCAACGGUGAAUUCAAUGUUGACGAAGCGACGAGGUUGUUACUUUUGGGGCUGGCCUGUUCACAUCCAAUUGCUACAGAAAGGCCUCAAACUCGAGACAUCUUUCAAAUUAUGAACGGAACCCUGCCGGUCCCUAUCGUGCCUCCAUUCAAGCCAGUGUUUCAAUGGCCUUCUGGUCCUCCAUCUAUUAGCUCCAUCGACAAUUCGCUUUCUAGCUUGGCAUUGCCUUCACAAGAUAGUGUCGGAAUGGCGACGUCGCGGAAGAAUUCGAUGCGGCCGUAGGUUUUUUAACCCCUCCAUCUUCGUAUGGAUACUUAGACCACAAUGAUCGGCUACAAGAAGAGACUCCAAUGAGCCUUGGAAAAUUGAAGGCAUGAUCCGGGACCAACAAGAUCCCACACUAAUCUUUAGAAUAGGUUGAUGUUGAAUAUUAAUGAAUCAUUUGUUUUAUCAGCUAUUCAGGUUUCACAUGUACACCUUUUAUUUUGUCUUUUACAUGUAUACAUAAUCCGUUUGUAAGGGGGUAAUUCUUUUA